AUGGCGGAUUCCGCAGAGCAUGACUGCCCGUUCCCAUAUGUAGGCAACCGCGAGGAAUUUUUCCAUGCUAUUGAACCGCACACCAAAAGUGGAGGGGUUUUCCUACACGAUGUGACCAAUGUUUCGGUGAAGGUUCAGAAGGGCGAAGCAGCGUCGAGUGACGGCGCUGCCAGUCCGUGGAUACCUCAAGGCCAGACGACGGCCGCAUAUCUCGAACAUCUUACUCGCGCACUCGCCGCCGACUUCAAGGCCGGAUCACAAUGUCUGGAGUCUGACCUGUUCCGAAAGCACGUCCACCCCAACUUGAUCAUGACGGGAUCUCCAAACAACAUUGCCGACGGCGCCGAGCAAUAUGCCAAAGGUUAUCCAACGGCAGACCUGGCUUUUGAACUGCACAACAUCACUGCCAAAGUGCACCGCGGGACUCGAGAAGCAGAAGUAUAUUUCAGUAUGCGCGAGUACGCAAGGUCGGCCGGAGAAAAUGUCUUGAUCAGAGAACUGUGCUGCGAGGCAUUCUGGCAGCGACGAGUCGAAGAUGGGGUGUGGCAGAUAUAUCGACACAAUUUGCUUCGCGGCGGAGGCGACGAAAGCAGAUCUGCCGGUGUGUGA